AUGGCUAAAAAAGAAGCAGCAACUAAAAGCUCCUCAUCCGGAGGUAAAAAUAAAAAAAAGAAAUGGUCUAAAGGAAAAGUUAAAGAUAAAGCAAACAACGCAGUAGUGUUGGAUAAAGCUACGUACGAUAAAUUAUUCAAAGAAGUACCAGCAUAUAAAUUAAUUACACCUUCUGUAUUAGUUGACCGUCUUCAUGUCAAUGGAUCUCUUGCAAGAGUUGCAAUUCGUGAAUUGGCAGAAAAAGGACUAAUCCGUAAGAUUUCCACUCAUGGGUCUCAACUUAUCUACAUCGAAGAGGAUGCUAACGACCGUGAAUUCAUGAAAGAACUGAGAUUAGAUGGUGAUGAUGCAGAAUAUCAAAUCUCGAUUCUUUUGGCCCAGAAGGUUUCCGGUUGUCGUUCAACAAAAAGUAUUUCUGGUUCAUCUGAAAAAUCAACUAAUACUACUUCUAAACGGCCACAGACUUCAGCUUCGGUGCGUGGUAAUGUUCGUGGAGAAUCCCGAGUUGCCAGUGAAGUUGGAAUGUGUUUUAUAGAUUUAAAAACCAGUGAAUGCAUUUUAUCACAGAUUGCAGAUUCACAAACUUAUGUUAAAACAUUACACAAAUUAAAUAUUUAUAAUCCUGGAGAGAUAUUGUUAUCAGUUACAGCUGUUGAACCCUCCAAAUCAAAACUAUGUAAAAUACUUGAAGAUAAUAUACCAUCGGCUAUCAUUGUUCCAAUUGCAAGAAAAUAUUUUAACGAUGCUGUUGAUUUUGUUACUGCGCGUAAUCUUGAAUUAAUUAAUAAUAUGAAUAAUCAAAAUAGUAAUCAUUCUUUAUAUGGUGUCUUGAAUCGUACAGUGACACCUAUGGGUGGUCGUCUUCUUCGUACCAACAUUUUACAACCUUUGACUGAUUCUGUGGAAGAACUUAUAAGUAGUGAGGAAACAUUUUUCUCAAUUCAAUCAGGUGUUUAUGGUGCACUCAAACCUUUUCAGGAUAUUGACCAUUUGAUUACUGCGUUGAUUCAAAUUCCAAGAAAACCUAAUGUAAAAAGUGCAGAACAAAAUAUCAACAAUGUGAUUCUACUGAAACAUACAUUGACAUUGAUUAAAUCGCUAAAAAAUGCAAUGUUUGGUAUUAAAAAUUCUUUGCUUGACACAAUUUAUCAGCUCUUAAACGAUCCAGAAUUACAAAUACUAGAAGGAAAGAUCCAUCAAGUUAUAAAUGAAGAUGUUACUUAUCAAAAAAGUGCACUUGGAUUUAAUGGAUUGUUAGAUGUUGCACGACAAACAUAUAAAGAAAUGGUUGAUGAUACAUUUGAAAUGAUUGAAAAAUAUAGCGAAAAAAAUGAGAUCCAUUUGAAACCUCAAUUCAGUGUAUCAACUGGAUAUUAUUUAUCAACAAAUAUAGAGCAUUUAGGUGAUCGUCAACUUCCUCUUGUGUUCAUUAAUGUUAGCAAGAAAAAAAAUUUGUUAACUUUUACAACUUUGGAAUUGAUUAAAAAAAAUACAAAAAUUAAUGAAUCUUUAACUGAAGUUUAUCUAAUAAUAAUUGAAGAUUUAAUAUUUGAAAUUCGUGGCACAAUCGGUGUACUUUAUAAAGCAUCUGAAUCUGUAGCCAUGUUGGAUAUGUUGACAUCUUUUGCUCAUCAAUGCACCAUCUCAAAUUAUGUUCGUCCAGAAUUCACAGAUACAUUGGCAAUAAAAUCUGGUCGACAUCCUAUGCGAGAAUGUUUAUUUGUUGUGGAUCCAUUUAUUCCAAAUGAUACCUUUGCAAGUAACGCAACUAAUUUUCAAAUAAUUACAGGGCCAAACAUGAGUGGAAAAAGCACUUAUUUGAAGCAAAUUGCUUUGAUGAGUAUCAUGUCACAAAUUGGAUCCUUAGUCCCAGCAGAAUAUGCAUCAUUUAGAAUUGUUGACCAAAUAUUUACAAGGAUUUGCAAUGACAAUAAUAUGGAAAGUAAUACAAGUACAUUUAUCAUAGAAAUGCGAGAAACUGCAUAUAUUUUACAACAUGUGACAGAUGAAAGUUUAGUGAUAAUUGACGAACUUGGAAGAGGAACAUCUACACAUGAUGGAUUAGGCAUAACAUAUGCCGUAUGUGAAGAAUUAGUAAAGACUAAGGCAUUCAUAUUCUUCGCAACACAUUUUCAUGAACUUACAAGAAGUCUAACCAUUUAUCCAAACGUAGUGAAUUUACAUUUAGAAAUUGAGAUUGGCAAUGAAAAAUUCGGAAUAAGAUAUUUAUAUAAAGUCAAAGACGGAAGGAAUGAUGAUGAACAUUAUGGAUUAAGGUUUGGACAAUUAAUUGGUUUACCAGAUGAUGUUAUACAAAAGGCAACUGAAGUUUCUCAUAAAUUAAAAGAAUUGAUUGAUGCCAAUAAAGAAAAAUCAUCCUCAAAUAAAAUUACCAAGAGAAGACAAUUAUUAUUGCAGUUAAUUGAACAUCUGCUGCAAAUAAAAAGAUCGUCAAAUCUGGAUAAAGAUAGUUUAAGAAGGUAUCUUAAAAUGGUUCAAGAAGGAUUUAUCACAAAGAUGGAAGAGUUGAUGUGA